CCUAGCUGGACCCGAGCUAACUUUUGCUAAGCGGCAACUCUGUGUUCAUUCCUACAUUUGCCCUCCCUAAUGGUUGUAGGUCACUAAGUAGUCGAAUCUCGAUUCGACGAUUAUGGUGGAGGCGUAUAAGUUUCCUCAAGUCGAUACAGGACCAUGAUGGCGUCUCGGAGGCCGGGACCGCAAGCAUUGGGCUGGUCGGGUAUUGCGGGGCCAAGAGAUCCCGGGAUCGGCGCGGAAGCCUCCGAGGAAGAGUCCAAGUUGAAGCCCGGAUGGAUGGCUAAAAGGGCGGCCGGACCGAGUCACCAACCGUCGAGGACGAUACCGCAACCGAAUUUAUCCAGCCGACUGCCGCAGCCUUCUUCUCAUAGACGACCGUCUGGUGGCCUGCCACAACAGUCCCUCGCUGCUCAGCCGCCACGCUCCCGGACUUCCAUCGGCAGCACGAGCGGCGUAGCGGUGCGAGAUGCGCAAGGGCCAUCCUCAUCCGCCCCGACCUCCAGCAGGCUCCCAACCCCUAAUUUGAAGCCUCGAAACGUCCUACGGAGGAAACGUUCCGGUUUAUCGCAAGACACAUCCAACAACCGUGUCGCUUCCCAAAAUGACUCGACUGGGACGGCCUCAUCCGAAUCGAACCCUCGUUCCCAAACGCCUCUCGACCCCCUUGAUCUCGACCGCGAGUUGGCCCAGAGCCCCAUGGAAAUCCGGACGGCUCAGCAGGUUGAGAUUCCCAUGACAAAGGCGCACACGGUGACGAUAUAUCCCGAACUGGACAGGUACCGGGACGUUAAGCCGCCACGGUCCGAGAGUCCCAGUUCCAACCAGCCGUCCCGCCUUGCCACCAACGACCUCCCUCCCCCAACCCCCCUCUUCUCCGGGACGAGCAGCCAGCCCAGCACCUUCAGCGGCAGUCCAUCCACCAGGUGGUCGGAGUCACCGGGGCCGGGGCCAUACAGCCGUGACACCACCCCAACCUCCAUUUCGUCACAUUCUCCAGGCUUAGUAGCCCCAAUUCGGAUACCGCCGUCCGGGACAAGGGCACGACAAGCAGAUCAGGCCCUGAGCAGGCCUCCUGUCACUCGAAGGAGAGCCGGCAGUCUCUCAAACGAAACAGGGCCGGUAAGCGCUUCUGACCCGCGGGGAUUGGCCGUUGUUAAGGAGUUGUCAACCUCGUCGUCCUCCAAUUCGACUGUUCGUGCUGAAAGCGGCGCAAAGGAGAGGAAGAAAACCAAAGGAUCGUCGCACCGACCGCCGAGCCCGCCGCCUCGAAAGUCGUCUCGGGUGUUUCAGGAGAGUCGCGAUGAACUGGGCGGCCCGCCCAAUGACACGCUCAAGGCCGCUCAACCGGAAGCGUCCUCACCGCCUGCUGUGAAGUCCACCUCUAGUUCCCGGCCCCAACCUGUGCAACCGGGAGCACAUUCCGCCUCGUCCAUACCGGCCCCACCUCGACGACCCAGUCGCGAUGGUACUCCCGACCUCCACGCCCACAUCGGACAAUCUAUGCCCGUCGUUCACAGCAACUUGUCAUCGGCCUCCCUGCCGGAAAGACGGCAGAGCGGUCUUCUGGCUCCCGGCGCGGCAAGUCGGCCACCCCUCUCCACAUCAUGCUCGGACGCGCCGAACCACUCCGCUACGCGGGCGCAAGGCAAGGAGCCCUUCCCGGCUCCCAGGCCUGCCGUCUGCCAUGAUGUGGGGAGUACAUACAAGCAAGAGCCGGCGCGGCCGGCGCGGACGCCGAGCCCUAGCGUAUCCUCGACUCUCAAGACUCGAUUUCCCAUCUUCGGCCGACGGACAAAGACGCACCCCGAGCCUGGCCAACAGCAAAAGAAGGACAAACCCACGAGGAAAGGGCCAGCGGCUGGAACUGGCCAUGAGGGCUACGGAAGGCUGGGCUCGGUGCGCCGGAGGAGCAAUAGUGUCACGAACGUUGCUCGCGUGAUUCCCGGGACCAUGUCGUCGCAGGAAAGCCUAGCUAGCCUGUCCCACGAUCGGUUUCUGAGGGAAAGAAUGGCGCCCGUCAUCAUUGCUGGCGGCGAAGUGGUUGAGAAUAGGAACGCUAGCUCGGAGCUAACCCGCGUUGAGAGUAACCAGAGCUCUGCCGUGAGGCGGCCCAGCAUCGAUUCUCGGAAUGGCUCCCAAGUCUCGCUCUCAUCUCGCGAGGCACCCUACAAGACCCUCGCUCCGUCACCAUUUCCCCGCAACGUUGCGCCGAGCCCUUCGCUGGGCGGUCGGCGUCCGUCAGAGAGCAGCGAUUCCGAGGCCGUCGCGAUGAAACCGACUAUUGCUUUGAGAAGAUCUUUGCAGCGGCUGAAAUCCGGCGAAGAGGAAGCCCCAAGGCUACCCAGACCGAUCGUCACGCAGCCCCAUGUUGCGUCGCCCUCAAUGGCCAGCCUGGAUGCUAGCAUCAUGUCUGACGACUCCAUGUUUGAUCCUCCCGCCGGGCCAGCCGUGACAGCGGCCGAAUCGCCUACCACGACAAUCACUUCCGGACCAAAUAAGCUGAGGAGGCGAGCCCGAUCUCCUCGAAAAUGGAACCUUUUUGGCCGCUCGCGCGGCCAAAAGCCUGCCGAAAAGAAGUCGGAGAGGACCGCAACUGUGCCUGCUACGGUCCAGGUUGUGCCGAGUAAAUCUGUCGCGUUUUACGCCAUAAUGGAUCCCUCAGAGCAGGACGAUUCCGAUCCGGUCGACCUGGAGGAAGUGCUCCGCGAAGCCAGGGGCAUCGCCAUCACAACCCCCGAGGUGCCCGAUGUGGAACAUACGGGAAGCAGGAGACCGUCCGCCUCUGAACAAGUAGCGCCGAACGUGGCAACCCUUCAGCAACCCGAAGCCCAGCCACCCGCAGCUUCAGAGAGAGCCUUUCAAGUUCCAACCACCUCACCAGUCCCAUCGAAGUCAAGGCCAGAGCCUGCACCGGUUCAGCAGCCUGCCCUUCAAGCCCAAAGCCGCCCCAGCAGACUUCAUCGGGUUGGCCGCAUCCCUAAAGUUGUCAACGCACGAGGGAAUCAGACCUCCCCCAAGAGCUUCUCGCGGCCGUUUAACAGGCUCGGUGCCCAGAGGCCACCGGUGACGCUCGAACCCAAGAAUGGAGAGUCGGUUGCGAAAGGCCCAAGCCCCCCGGAGCCUUCCACACUAGAGCACUCUCGUGACAAUCCAACGUCGGCAAACGAGUCAAACUUCUCAGCGCUGAUACAUGGUAUACCGAAAUUAGUGCCUCCGGCUUCCGACCAACCCGGACAGGAAUUUCUUGCCUUCUCACCCCGCAAGGACUCGCAGUGCGCGACAACGACCUCUUCCAGCAGCUCAGGGAGGCUUAUGAACUACUCUGAUGCUACCGCAAUAGUGCCGUCUCCUAACGCCCCGCUUGCUGAAGAUGAGAUUUGGGACGAGUAUAACGACCUCCUCGGGGAGGACACAAUCAGGUUGUCAACCUUCCAAGCACCGUCCUGGCCGAAGCCGCUGAAACUCGAUGGUUCUGCGGGCAAGAAGCGGAUCGAACCAAGUCUGGAAUCGCCCACGCUCAGCCCGCCUGCCCUGCCGAGCUUGGUCCAAACCUUGCGGUCGGGGAUGGAACAUCCACAAUCGCUAAGCAUCAACGGGUCAGAGAUCGCUCUGGAGGUCAAGCGGAUGCUCGACUACGAGCCGACGCCGAAGAACUCCAUGGUCGCCGCCGACACCCCUUCCAGCCAGGACAACGAGGCAGGCCGCUCGAAUCCGAUGCAGCCAAGAGACGAGGCAGUGUUCACGAAGAGAGACAGCUGCUCCUCUUCCCGCCCAACUCGGAGGUCCAAUGCCAGCAGCAGCAGCACUCAGUGCUCAGAAGACAAUUCUCCAUUGUCCCAAGUCAACCUGCGGGUAGGCUCCAUGACUGUCAGCAAGUGGCUCACAUUUGGCCACGUUCUCUUCAGUCCCGUCCGAGACGAGCUGGUCUCCGACGUUGGCUCGCUCAAACGGCCCUCCAUCCUUGUGAUCGACGGCCUAGGGAACGACGACUGGUCCUUCUACGCCGCCGAAACAUACCCAGCCGCUACCUUCUUCAAUCUCUCGCCCCGCGCUCCCCUUCCAGCCGAGCACCGGAACGAAUCCUCCAUUCCACUCAGCCCUCCGAAUCACCACCAGGUUCAGUACCUUUCCCACACCGCCAAAUUCCCCUUUGGCGCGCAAAGCUUCACCGCAGUCGUCUUCCGCUUCCCCGCCGCUGCGCCCGAGAGCCACUACCGCAACAUCAUCUCAGAAGCCCGCCGCGUCCUCAAGCCGGGUGGGUACAUUGAGCUCUCUAUCCUCGACGCCGACUUGAACAACAUGGGCAACCGCUGCCGCCGCACGAUCCGCCGCCUCAAGGAACGCAUCCACGCCAGCGCGCCCGACAUCAGCCUCGCGUCGACCUCUGAUCUCAUCCUCCGCCUGAUCGGCAGGCGCGGAUUCGUCGACAUCAAGACGUGCAGGGUCGGCGUUCCCGUGGCUAGCACGAUUGCCCGGUCGCCGGUCAGCGAGGCCAGUUUGAAGAGGAGGGACUCCAAUAGCGUUGCCGCUGCUGCUCCGGAGAGGACCAGGACCAAGACGAAGCCCAAGAAGGACGAGCGCAGCCUACCGGAGAUGAUCAACGAUGACAGCCCGGUCGCGGACGAGAGCAUCGCGCAGUCGGUGGCCAAGGUCGGGAGGUGGUGGUACAGCCGGUGCUACGAGAGCGCAGUGGCACCGGGGAUCGGCCCGUCCUCGAGAGGCAGCAUCUGGAGGGACAAAGCGCUGCUCGCCGAGUGCGAGGAGUGGGGGACCAGUUUGAAACUGAUGGUGUGCCAUGCCAGGGUGCCGGAUGGGAGGGCACGGGUGGCGAGCAUUUGACCACGACCCCUUUUCUCUUUGCUUCCUCCCGAUAUUCGAUGUCCGAUUUCAGUUUCUUCCUCGCGGCGGAGGAGGAAUGGUUUCUCGCGAACAAUUGGUACCAACGAACGGAAAAAAAUAGU